AAUUUUACUAAUAAUUAACCAAAUGAUUCCCUUUAACCAUCUAUAUUUGACUAGUUUUGUAUUAAAGACAACUUCUUACUUAUCUCAUGACAACCACAAUACCCAAUCUACCUACCUACCUACCUAUUAUAAUGUAACAUUCUAACCUAACCAAACUACCUAUUGUAAUGUAACUUAAUCUAACCUAACCAAACUUAACUUGUAAUGUAACUUGAUCUAAUUAACCUAAAAGGGUGCUACGAUAACUUGCAGCCUACAAGGUAGUUAGGUUAGGUUAGAAUUAAGAUAUCAUUGCAGACCACACACUAUAGUCUGCGCGGAAUGUUACAUUGCGACAGGACCAACGAACAAAGUUCUCACGAAAAUAAGAUCAUAUGUUAUGAGGCUGUCCCGGGAUGCGAGAUGUCAAAACGCUUGGUUGCUGGCGAGUGGUGACACUUGGCAACUGAGCACACGUCACGGUGUGUUUCCAGUGCGCCUCUGGCAAGUGUGAGGGGAGGAUAUACUUUGCGUGUUCCCUCGCCACAUGGCCAUUUUUUGUCUCGUUUACGGUGCAUUACCCCAACAUAGUGUCCAUCAGAGAUGUCCAGGAGGGUUAAUACAAGGGACGACAUUGCAGCAGUGAUUGCAUUGUACAAAGCAAACCAUGUACUGAGAGAUGUUUCUGCUCAGACUAGUGUGACUUUGCGUGUUGUCCAAAAUCUUGUCAAGUGUUUCCAUGAGCUUGGAGAGGACGUGUUGCCAGCUCCCCGACCCAAGUCUGGUAGGCCUAAAUUAUUGUCUCCACAGACACUUAAGGUUAUUUCACGCCAAGUUAGGUCCAAUCCGUCUCUCACAGCACGUGAAGUGAAAGAGAGAAACCCCCGUCUUCUGUGUCACGUCUCGUUACAGUGUGUUCAACAAGCCCUCUGCGAUGACCUGGGAUUUAAGAGCUUUCGUGCCCGACGUAAACCUCUGUUGACAAAGAAACAGAAGGAAAAUAGAAUGAAAUUUUGCAAGAAAUAUGAAGUGUGGGAUUUAGAGACAUGGAGGAGUGUAUUGUGGUCCGACGAGGCUACGUUUUCUGUGAAUGGGAGUAGUGGAAGGAGAGUGUACCGCCCUCGUCACUCGAAUGCACAUCUCCCACAAUACACUGUAAAGACUGUUAAGCACCCUGCCUAGCUUAUGGUUUGGGCUUCCUUUAUGUAUUAUGGUGUUGGUGAACUAGUAAUCCUCCCUAAGAACCAGAUGAUGAAUCAGUACAACUAUCUUGAACUGCUCUGUGAUUUCUUACCUGAAUCAUUUGAUAAAGCUAAGGCAAGCCUUUUCAUGCAGGACGGUGCCCCAUGCCACACUGCUAAAAGUGUCAUACAGUGGCUCAAAGACUGUGAGGUACCUUUCUUUAAUGACUGGCCUGACAGUAGCCAAGAUCUUAACCCAAUAUAAAAUUUGUGGUCCAUUGUUAAGCGUCGUCUGCGCGACGCUGACACAUCAUCAAUCCCGAAGCUAGAGGCAGCCAUCAAGGAUACCUGGGCUAACUUGCCACCUGACCUCUUGCAAAACCUUGCUGACAGUGUUCCUCGAAGGCUAAAAGACUGCCUGAAGUGCAGAGGGAACACUACAAAGUAUUAAUUGAAGUGAUAAUGUCAGGGGAGGAUGAUAUAGUUAACCACAAUAUGAGAUGCACAAGAAUUGACUCGCAAAAUAACGUACAAAAACAUGAAGUCAUCUCUAAAACCUUGCCGGGUACGUCAGGGUGGAUUUGGUCCGAUCACACGCUGGCUAUCUACCAGAAUGCACAGGCUUUUGUAGAGGCGGGAAUCAAGCAACACAACAGUCGGAUAUUCCUGACGAGGUUGUUUCUGAAGCCCUGUGUCGUUGUGGCAGACAAUCAGGCACUUCUUGAGUUACUUACAGAAAAAGAGGAUCACUACGAGGCGGGCAUGGACGAGUAUUAUGAUCUGUUUGGGGAUAAUUUAUUGUUUAUGAACGGCCCUGAGGCUACACUGACCAGGAAGCUGCUUUACCCGUUGUUCAAUGAGGAAUCUAAGUCAGGUUACAAGGCCAUAACAAAGGAUCUUGUAGAAACGUGGAUAUCAGAGCUAGACGCCAGCAAGCCUUUUAACGUUUAUGAGUCAACAAAGCACUUUGCCCUUCUGCUGAACCUACGCCUGUACCUGGGGUUAGACCACAACAAGGAACCCCAGCUUGUAGAGCAGUUUUCUUCUGUAGCCACAACUCACUGGCAUGGAAUGUGUUCUCUGCCUGUAAACAUCAAAGUUCCUGGUCUUAAGUCUGGUUUUGGUCAAGGUGUUGAUGCUAAAGAUGAACUGCUGCUACUUCUCCGAGAACGUGUUAACAGCAUGAAGGACCACGCAUUCCUGGUGAAUAUGUCAGAGAGCAUCCCUAGUGAAGAAUUACAACUAAAUCAUCUCCUUGUGUGUUGCUGUGCCAUCAUCCCUAAGGUCUUUGCUUCCGUCCUCACAUCCUUCAUCCUGAUGGCCCCCUCAUGGAAGCCAUAUUACCAGACUUGUUCAUCAGAAGAAGAGAAGGAAGCAGCACUUGAUAAAAUCCUGCUGGAAGUAAUGAGACUCCUACCGCCUACUACGGGCGGGCGACGGGUUGCUCGACGGGAUACACAGCUGAAGGGUUAUGCUAUCCCAUCCGGAAUGGUCGUUCACUUCAGCUUCUUUGGGGCCCACACUGACCCUGCUGUAUUCCCGGAGCCAAACAAGUUUCGGCCAGAGCGAUGGGUCGAGGAAAACAAAAAUGAUCGAUGCAGGAUGUUUGCCUUUGGAGCUGGACCACGAGAAUGUAUUGGCAAGAAAAUGAUAUGGGACAUUAUAUUGAUAUUUUGCAAAGCCUUCGUCCACAAGUUCGAGUGGGAGGUAUCGGGCGAUCACCUGAAGCAACUCAAGUUCAUCCCUGCAGUACGUCCCAAAAAGAAACCUCACAUCCAGCUACUGACUAAACUAAACUAGUGGUGGUGUGUCUUCUCAGUAAGCUUUAUAGUACAGUAGUUCAGUGGGGUAGAGAGGUAACAGUGAAGAGGGUGUAUGGCGCACAAAUUUUCACAGCUUGAAUUAGGUGACUAAAAAAUUUGCCGUCCUUUAAAGCAAUUAGAAAUUAACAACCUGUGCUCUUCCCAUUGGUUGACACAAGCAAUUAAAACAUAAAAAUAUGAUUCAUUUACUGGGUAACUGGUAAAAAAUAAACAGUUCGGGUUGAAAAGUAAUCGGCCAUUCUUUUGCCGGUCUCUUGAAAAUUGAGAAGAGUGUUAAUGGUAAUGAUUUUUGUGAUAUAUGUAUAUGUUAACUUAUUUAUAUUACCUGGUAGAUCAUACACAAAAUUACCCAUUAUUUAUAUCGAGGUUAAAGAAUCUGUAUUGUGUGAUUUAACUUGUUUUAAACCCUUUGUACACAAUUUCUGAUCCUCCUCUCACUUCCUCCUUGCUUUUGUUUUUUCUUUUUGUGAUAAUAUUUCUUCUCUCACUACCUUCCUCCUCCUCCUCCUCCUCCUAACCACACUCUCUUUUGUUUUCUUCAUCUCUUGUUAUAACUGGAGGAAUUUUUCUCUCUUCCCUUUACCCCUGUACUCUUUUGUUUUCUUCAUCUCUUGCUCUGAGUACAUUUCUUCCUUCACUUCCCUUCCCCCUUCACUUCCUUUUUGUUUUUCUUCAUAUCUUCUUCUACCCAACACACAAGAGAGAAAUAAAGACAACAGAUAGGGAAGAAGAUAAGAAGGCAUUUUGGCCAAGGAAGGUGAUCCUUUAUCGGUAAGAACAGUCCGUGUGGCCCCGAGUGUGGGACAUUUGCGUGUGUUGAGAGGAGGCUGACUGUAGGUUCGAUCUCUCUUGCCAGUUGUAAGUCACCAAGCAGCUUCAAGGUAUAACAUGAAGGUUAGUGGCUUCUGAUACACUGCAUAAUAAUGAGUUUGGGACCAGAAAUCAUAAUAAAAGUUGCUGUAGUUAAUUAGUUAGUAAUUUUGUGGGGUUUUUUAAGGGAUACAAAAUACCAUAUGCUAUACAGUAUUUUUCAAGGUUGCAUAAUAUUUCAAAGUAUAAAAAUAGUGAAACAUAUUUUUAUAUAUCAGGUAAUUGAAACAAUGAUAUAUAUAUAUUAAUUAAUUUAUUUUUAUAUUGAUAAUUUUCCCAUUUCCAGAAUAGUUAUUUUUUGUCUCUCUGUCUUUCUUAUUUGUAGUCAGUGAGUUGCAUACUGUGCUUGAUAUACUCACCACAACAGAAACAAUGCAAUUACACCCACCAGUACACUCAAUAGACGACAGAAACAAUACCUUUACACCCACCAGUACACUCAAUAGACGACAGAAACAAUACCUUUACACCCACCAGUACACUCAAUAGACGACAGAAACAAUACCUUUACACCUACCAGUACACUCAAUAGACGACAGAAACAAUACCUUUACACCCACCAGUACACCACUCAAUAGACGACGUAAUACUACAUCUACCAUCAGCACAAGAUGGCAUUGAGAUGGUUGGUGGCGGACAUGCAUCAUGUUAUUUAUAGAUGUUUAUAUACUGUAAUGAUAUAUUAAUAAAGUAUUGAAUGAUGUGUUAUGACAGGAUAUAAGUACAGGUACAAGGUAGAUCUGAUGUCAUAUAUACCAUUAUAGAGUUGUAAAUAUAUGUGAUCGAUCUAUGGCAACAAGUGGAGUUGAUCUAUGAGAGGGAAACACAGGGAAAAGAAAUAAGUUUAUUUAUUUCUUGAACGUUUCAGAGUGUAGAUGGGUUCUGUCUUACCCAAAACGUUAGAGUUUUAAAUUUAGCUCUUUCCUGUGUUUCCCUCCCACUCAUCAAAUUUGUGAAUAUAUAUUGUAAAGUUACUCAGUCAACUCAAGUCAUCUCACUCUAGAACUGACAUGUUGUAUUUAGGUCUUUCAUGUUUAUUGAUGAAUUAAUAUCAUGGUUUCUAUAUACUGUACUGUAUUGCAAUUUGAAUUUUAUGACCAGAAUAUUUGUUGAUGGUCAUGAUUUUUUGUAAUGAUGUGAUAAGUAAGAAUUUUAAACUGCAUGGUGAGCAGAUAUUAACAAGUGCCUAAGAUCCUUUUACAUGCUUAGGGAUGUGUGUGUUCACUCUACCAUGCAUUUUUCUGUUACUUGUUAGAUGGCGUGGAAGUUGUUGACAGUGCUACAUGCUUCUCGGUAAAUCAUUUGUUAUAUACUUAUUCUUUUAUUGUUGUGAGUGAGGUGAAAAUGGGGUGAAGGUGGGGAUGGCCAGCUUUUUGAGGUAGUGUAGGUGGCCAAGUGUUUUAGGGUAGUGUAGGCGGCCAAGUAUUUUAGGGUAGUGUAGGUGGCCAAGUGUUUUGGGGUGGUGUAGGUGGCCAGUUGUUUUGGGGUUGUGUAGGCAGUGGCCAGUUGUGUUGGGGUUGUGUAGGCAGUGGCCAGUUGUUUUGGGGUUGUGUAGGCAAUGGCCAGUUGUUUUGGGGUUGUGUAGGCAGUGGUCAGUUGUUUUGGGGUUGUGUUGGCAGUGGCCAGUUGUUUUGGGGUAAUGUAGGCAGUGGCCAGUUGUUUUGGGGUAGUGUAGGUGGCAGGUAGUCAUUUCGCACAUCACAGGGCUUUUCAGGAACGAAAGCCCUUGCAAUAAACAAGGACUUCUCAUAGUCAAAUGAAGAUCUCAACCAACCCAAGUACUGUAGUCUAGUAAUAUGUGGAAUAUCAUUAUGUACAGUAGCUAAAAUAACUAUCUGUGCAGGUGGGGGUCGAUAUGCUCCGAAAUUUUAUGUGUGACUAGUGACAGCCCUCAUAUACCAAAAUGUAUCUUCCAUGGUCUCAUAUUGUUUCCCACAAAGUAUGCACAGGUAGUUGUUUUAGCUGCUUUACUUUGCAUUAAGAACAUUUUUUAUGAUUGAUACUGUAUCUAUCGGUUAUGAAAGUUUAACCCAAGUGGCUGUAAACUCAUGUGUGGCUCUCAGUAUGCCUGCGUAAGAGAACUGGAUAUGUCUUAAACCGUCUGUAGGAUAAAUAGCCUCACACACAAGUCAGUCUGGCCAUAAUACUGUACUCAUGUUUAGUAUAUAACAGUUCAAACCUAACCUAACAUAACCAAACCUUGCCUAACCUAAGAUCAUAAUGUCUGGUGAAGUCUAACUGGUUAAGG